CACGUAGUCGCGCAUGCGCAAAGCUAGAAAAUGAAAACGAGGAUUACUACAUCCGGGACCUGGAAAAUAUGGACGUUAUAAGUUGAUCAACUUUCCUGACAUUUUUACGCAAUGUAUACACAACAAGGCACAUGAUAGCGAAGCCAAGAAUUUUUAUCGAUACUCUGUAUGUAUUUGUACCAUAAUAUCAACAUUUGAUCUACUGAAAACCACAAAGUAAUUUGUAAAUAUACUUUGAAUUCUCAAAAGUUUCAAAAUAUUUGAGAACCCGGAAGUGACUUUCCUGAUGAGAUUAUUUAGUAUUUUACAUUAUUCCAAUAUUUACAAAUAAGUAGCACUAUGAGUACACCAACAAGUGGUGGAAGGAGGAGAGGUGCAACUAGAACAUAUUCUGCAGAAGACCAUGCCCUUUCUGUUAUUGCUCGUGAGGCGGAGGGCAGACUGGUGGCCAAACGGCAGGCCAGGGCUGAGGCCAGGGGGCUGAGGAUGAAAGAACUAGAGAAGCAAGCUAGAGAGGAAGAGUUUAAACAAGACAGGCAGUUUGAAAAGACCAAUGAGUACAAGGCUACGACCAGGUUAAGCAAUAUGACAAACUACAGCGGGUCACGUCGAGGGAGUGACGAUUCAUCAGAGGAAGGAUCCACGACAUCGAGAGAACUAAAGAAAGAAUUAGCAGAUUUAGAAAUGAAAUAUAAAAAUGUGCAAGUUACAAAUGCACAAUUAGAUAAUGAAAAACAAACGAUAAGAUUCCAGCUGGAACUGUUGAAAGACCAGAUAGAAGAGAUGGAGGAGACACUAACCGAUCUUCAAAGGCAGUAUAAAGAUAAAAAUAGGCAAUAUGAGAAUCAGAAGCGUGACUUCCAGGACCUUCAGCGGCAGUUUGACUUCCUUCAGCAGCAGUUAAAACAGAGAGAUGAACUUAUAGAGGAGCAUGGCCUGGUGCUAGUUGGUGGGGAGGGAAUAGAAGAAGGAGAGGGAGAGGGGAAGAAGACGAAGAUUGGCACAGCAGCCCUAGUCACACCAGAGGCAGCUCAGCUACUGGAGAAUGAUGCUGAUGAUGGAACAACUUUAGGUGGAGCAACAUUAGAUGAAAAACUCAAGAACUUUGCCACAGAAAGAAAGCAGUUAUUAGCACAGAUAAAGAAACUCAAAGAUGACCUGGAGACUGAAAAAGAACGAAAUUUAUUAACUGAAAAAUAUAAUUCUCCUGUUAAAAAAUCUAAUGGUCCAGAUCCAACUGCUCUGAUAGACAUGCAGAAAGACACAAACAGACAAAUCAAUGACUAUAAGUUCAAACUCCAGAAGGCUCAACAGGAGAUUACGACACUAGAUGGCAGUGUGAUCAGACUCGAGAGCCAAGUAAAACGCUACAAAACCGCUGCAGAGAACUCUGAAAAGGUUGAAGAAGACCUGAAACAAGAGAAAAGGAAACUUCAAAGAGAGUUACGAGAAACUCAGAACUCUGUAGAAGAAUUGCAGUCAGCCAAUAAUCAUUUGCAAAAGAGACUAGAAAAAGUUAAAUCUGAUCGGCGUGCUAUCAUGAACACAUAAGUAUGAAUACUUGCAUAUAGGAUUUUACAAUUUAAACUAGGAUAUUAACGAAUUAUAGGACAUCAAGUUUGAUGAGAGCUACUUAAACUGUUAUAAAGUUGUGUUUUUCAUUGGCAGUUGAAAAUUGUGUGAGUCCCAAGCGCCAUCUUUAGUGCGUAAGAAGCAGUUGUUGAACCCUGGAAUAAAAUAACUUAAUAGUUAUCCUCUACUUUCAAUAUAAAGAAUGGAAUUACCAAGGAAUGAAAUGUAUGGGAUCUGUUUAAACUUAUGUUUACUCAUUAUGUCAGAAACAGACCCCAUUCUCAUAAGGAAUAAAAUAUAGCUUACACAAAAAUGCCAAAAAAUCAUCAGAUAUGGAAAGAAGACUAAUUGAGACUUUUUUUAUGAAUGGUGACAUAAGCAAGUUACUAGGAGAUUCAAUCUAUACUGGAAACAAUUAGAUUUUAAUAUAUUAAGAAUUAAUAUAUUGAAUGGUUACACUGAAUCUGGAUUAAUGAUGUUUUGAACUUCUCAUGUAGAAAUGAUGAUUUGAUUUUGGAUGACAUACUCCAGUUUUCUACAAAAAAAUACAAAUUUUCAUUGUAUUAUGCUUGAAGAAAUGCACUGUUUUACACUGGCUCGAAAAUUUUACUCUGCAAGAAUUUUUCAUGACCUCUGAUCGAUGAAAUCCUAAAAACUUUUUGAGAAGAUUUUUGAGAAGAUUAGACUUUUCCAAUAAACCUUUCACCCUUUGCUACACUAAAUGAAAUAAGAUAGGAUAGUUUGACUCAUGAUGUAAUAUAAGUGAUAUCUGUAUCAGAUAAUUGUAUCCCAUUUUUGAAUACCAGACAUCUUGUUUAUAUAUUCUGGAUUUUCUUGAUCUAGCAAAACGUGUCUGGGUUUAUUGGAACUGUAUAUUGCGCAUGUAAUUUGAGGAGACUCGGCUGCUGUACAUGGUGGUGUAUUUUGCUUCAUCAUUUAAAAAAUCCACAAAAAUUGCAACUUCCUUGAAAAUUCUGAAACUGAAAUUGUUGUGGCCAGCUAUUCUGCUCCAACAUGGAAAAAAUUUGGAAAAUGUUGCUGACUGUUAGGGAAGUUUAGAAAUAGGUACAUCUAAGAUGUAAAAGUAAAAGUGGUCAUUUGAUUGGUAUUAUGCUCUAUCAAAAACCAUAUUGGUUUUGAAAAGGUGUCUAACUUCACAUGACAACCAUAUUAAAAAUGAAUAGGGUGCAUCACAAGAAUGCCUGAUUUUGUGUUCAACAUUGAAUUAUGGACCAGUUCCUAUACACAAUGAAAUUGUAUACAGGUCCGCUUUUUCAUUAGACUGUGUUCACAAAAAAGGGCCAGUUCUUAUGCUACACUCCUUAUGUAUGUAUCCCUGUGUAUAAUCUGCCAUUCCGCCCAUUCAUGCUUAUUUUAUGUCUUGCUCUCUAAAUCUUCUAAAUAAGGUGCUUAAGUGACGGUGUCAAAUUGUUGACAGUUGUGGUAGAAUAAAGUUUAUCUCGGGAGGGGAAUCAAAUCUUUAAUGAAAAAUGUUGCUUUCAAGAUUGGGAAAUCAAGUGCUAGACAGCAAAUCGACAUUUUCAAAUUUUGUAAAAGUUAAAUCAUAACAUAAUAAUCGUUGUUCCUCCACAACAGUCAACAUUUUGACACAAUAUGAUGGCAUUUUCAUUGUGCC